ACUUCCGGUGCGGCCCCGCCCCUUCCGUUUGAGCCUCACCGGUCCUUCUUCGCCUGGCUGCGCCCGCUGUCAGAGCGGCGUCCGCGAUGUCGGACAAGGAGUUCAUGUGGGCCCUCAAGAACGGCGACCUGGACGAGGUGAAAGACUUCGUGGCCAAGGGUGAAGAUGUGAAUCGGACGCUGGAAGGCGGGCGGAAACCUCUUCACUAUGCGACGGAUUGCGGGCAGCUUGAGAUUCUGGAGUUCCUUCUGCUGAAAGGAGCGGAUGUUAACGCUCCAGACAAGCACAGUAUCACUCCACUCCUUUCAGCAGUCUACGAAGACCACUUGUCUUGUGUGAAGCUACUCCUGUCCAAGGGUGCUGAUAAGACGGUGAGAGGACCGGAUGGGCUGACUGCCUUGGAAGCCACCGACAAUCAAGCCAUCAAGGCCCUUCUCCAGUGACGAAUGGACUGAAAUCUUGUGUCUCUCCUGUGGCCUCACACUGCUGCCUGUCUGUCACUCUUUUUAUCUUCUGGCUUCUUCUGCUAAAGGUGGGGGGGAGGGGGCGAGGGAGGGAGGGAAAGCCAUCACACUAAGCCCGAUUUGUCAGGGUUCCUCUAAAAAAACAGAGAACUCCAUCUGGAGAGAGUAGAAAUCCCUCCAACUGGUCUCUUCUUAGGACUGUCUUUUCAAGGCACAGCCUUUUCCCUGUUCUAGCGAGACUGGACCUCCGCUAGGAAAAGGGAGAAGAACGUGGUCUGAAAUGCGGCACCUCCACUUUUCUAAUUCUUCUAUGACUUUUUUGGAAAAGGUAUCACUACUCUCAUUUUGUUAAGGCAGUGAAAACCGAGUGCUUUUAUACCUUCAUUUCAAACCGAGGCGGUGGAGCGGCUUCUCUUGAGCCACCUCCUUGGGCCUCAGGUAGACCAUGCAACGACGAGGGCUUCUAACAUUUGUUCUUAAUAGCUCAGUCUUUGGUAGUCGGAUGCCACAUGAGUCCUUGAUUGUUUCCACAGAGAAUUGUGUGUGCUCUGCUACCAAAGACUUCCUAGUGCUCUGUUCAGGCCUCUGAUUGGGGAUGCCUGCCCUCUGUAUCAUAAAAUGGGCUGGAACAAAGAGACGACUCCAGGCUCCUUGGUGCUAGAAGAUGCUUGCUUUGCUCUUUGUGAUUGAGGCAGAAAUGUCUUCAUUAGAAAGUAGCAGUGGCUCUCAAUCUUCGAGGCUAUUUCCCUUCUUUUAAAUAAAACCAGAGCAUUCUUUGUUCUAGCUGCAUCCUCGCCACAUUGGUCUUACCAGCGCUGCAUGCACCUUUGGAAUGAGAUAUAAUUCACCCUUUUACUAUUUAAAAACCAAAAAAGCACCAUACCACAGAUUCAGCGCUAGUAGGGUGGGCUGCAGUUCUUGUCUGAGAAAGAAGGCUGUUUCAUACUAGUCCCUUCACCAACACUUUGCAAGAUAGCUUUCUUAAGGACGUUCACUUGUAAGCCUUUGUGUUGCGGUAAAGUUUGGUUGGUUUGGAGUUGGUGGUAGAAACAGCACUUAAACUGUGGAUAAUGUUGGGGCCAUGUAAACCUUCCCAGUAACAGUUGUCCUGGCUUUGCAUCAUGAUGUGUGAUCGCCUCCCAAGUACGUGCUGUCAGGUAUCGCGUAUGCCUUUAUAGUACUGAGCGAACCUUUAACGUUCAGUGAAAAAUAAAGCAAUUAAUUCACUGUUCCAAAAAGGAGUGAGAAUAUUAUCUGAAGAGUGUCAUUCAUGUGGAACUGGAAGCAAGUACCACAUCUCAAAUUGUACUUCAUUUCUCUCUUACAGCCACUGAUAAACACUCAUAUUUUGAGCAAAGGUUUAUCUAUGAGGGGAACAAACCAAUCUCCAAAGAGAACCCUCUAAUCUCUCUAUUCCACUGGUGCAGGACUUCAGAGGAGCAAGCUGAUAUGAACAGUCCUUAUAGACCUGCCUUCAUCUUGAUCUUUUUGCGCUACAGGAAAGGUUUCGAUGAAGAUGUUAGGCAGUAAACAGAGUUGUCAGAUCGGUUGAUGUGACUGUAAAUUCUGGUUUGGAUUGUUGGAUUCUGUAGCCUGUUUGAAAGGUCUCUUGACCUGGAAUGAAAGGAAACCGUUUUGCUUGAUGUAGCAUGCGGGAAAUUCUAAGAAUUCUUUGCAGCCAGCUGUUUCCAUCAGGAGCCCUCCUGAUACAAUCUUAGGCUGCUUGGAUCUCUCUAGCAGUUUUGGGCCCAGCACUUUGGGCUCCGCAUCUUUCACUGUUAUGUAGACCUCUCAGUUUCUCCUUCCACACCUUCAUGUCAGACACACUUGAUGAGUCCUGAUGAGUUUCUGCCACUAUCAUCUGCCGAGCACACGGCCAGACUAUUGAUAGUAGAGCUCCUCUUCAGUAAAAGUGAAGUACUCUUAGUUUUGCCACUGUGUGAAAGCACUUGAUUCUGGCUUAAACAUUACAAAAUCUAGGUCACUUUAUCUGUACUUAUGGGAAGGAAAAUGGUCUUGCUGUUUUCUUGCUGACUUUUAGCUGGUGGAAAUUCUUGAUUCAAAUACCUCUUCCAGGUAGGAAACUUUGCAGGAAGUGAAGCUAGCGAUCCAAAUACCAAGCCUCUGGCAACCGUACUCUAUCAUUUCCUUUCAGAUUCCAGUCUAAACUAAUGUCUUAUUGUCUCAAGGCUCUCUUUGUACAGGCGUCACUUUCCGAACAUAGUUUUCAUUCCUUACCACAAAUCCCAAAUGAGUGGAUAGAUGAAUAGAAGAAGCUGGUAAGAGCGGAAUGACCUCAGCCGAGCAGUCGCUACAUUGCAUGCAAAACCUGCAGGGGGGGAAUUUUCUGUUUGAUAAAUGGAGAAACCAUCAUAUCUUUCUACCCAACACUUGUAGCAGAACAGUGCUCUGUGCAUUUUGAUAUUAAAUCUUUCCUGGACAGUAACGUUUUCCCACUGUUGGGCUUAUCAUUAUCACGGUUCAUAAUCUGAUGACUGCUAAACGAUGCCGUGUUUCAGUUUGUGUUGCAAGAAUGAAUGGAAUAAACUUGAACUGUGUUCUAGAGAAAAGCGAA